AUGCUAUCAUGUUACUUUUUGGAUUUUUUUUCUUUUUUAGCAAUAACUACAACGUGCUCUGAUGAUUGGUUGUUAGUCAGAAUGAAAAUAAGGCCCUUUGAUAACAACACAGAAAUUAGAAUUGGCGACAUACACCUGGGAGAUCACUGUCCUGUAACAAGACUGUUGUCAUUUAACUACGAGUUUUCUUAUCCUGUCACUUCUUGUGGGAUCAAGAAAAUUAUGUUCCAAAGAAAUGAUGAUGCCAUAUUAUCAGAGAUCAGUUACAGACCAAGGUUGCAUACUACUUAUGAAUUUCCAGUGGUUUGCUUUGUGAAGAGGUUUAAAUUCCCAUCUGCGAUGCAUUUUGGAAUGAGUGUGUUUGAUGCCAACACCUUGAAAGAAAUCCCUCAAAAAUCAAAAACAAGAGUCACCAGCUCCCACACAAAGUAA